GUGGUCUGAUCCCAGCAAAAACACUGGACUAAGGGCAUGGGAAUCUGAAGACCUCUGUUUCUCCUAGAAGAGUGAUAAAAUAAGGAGAGAUGGGAAACCCAGACAACGCUGGAGAUGCUUACGUUGCUGUGAUUCGUCCCAAAAAUACUGCCAGCCUCAAUUCCCGGGAGUAUCGAGCUAAAUCCUAUGAAAUUUUGUUGCUUGAAGUUCCCAUUGAAGGCCAGAAGAAAAAAAGAAAGAAAGUUUUGUUGGAAACUAAACUGCAGGGAGGCACUGAGAUAACCCAGAGCAUCUUGGAUUUUGUAUUGGAAACCACCAAACCAAUUUCACCAGCCAAUCAGGGUAUUAAAGGAAAGCGUGUGGUGUUAAUGAAGAAGUUUCCUCUUGAUGGAGAGAAUGCAGGCCAGGAGGCUUCACUUUACGUUGUUCCAACUGUUGUGAAAGAUAACACAAAAUAUGCAUACACUCCUGGAUGCCCCAUCUUCUACUGUUUACAAGACAUCAUGAGGGUCUGCAGUGAAUCCAGCACCCACUUUGCUACGCUUACUGCAAGGAUGUUAAUUGCCUUGGAUAAGUGGCUGGAUGAACGGCACAGCCAGUCUCACUCCAUCCCAGCUUUAUUCAGACCAUCUCCUCUGGAAAGAAUUAAAACAAAUGUCAUAAACCCAGCCUAUGCCAUAGAACCUGGUCAGACAGAGAGCUCCUUACACAUGGGUUACACUGCCCUGGAAAUAAAGAGUAAAAUGCUGGCACUGGAGAAAGCAGAUGUGUGUAUCUAUAACCCUCUGUUUGGGUCUGACCUUCAAUAUACCAAUAGGGUUGACAAAGUGGUAAUAAAUCCAUACUUUGGCCUUGGAGCCCCAGACUAUUCAAAGAUUCAGAUCCCUAAAAGAGAAAAGUGGCAACGUAGCAUGAGCAGUGUCACAGAGGACAAGGAACACCAGUGGGUGGAUGAUUUCCCUCUUCACCGCAGCGCCUGUGAAGGUGACUCUGAUUUACUGAGCCAUCUUCUGGAUAAAAAGUUUUCUGUUAAUCAGCUGGACAGUGACCACUGGGCACCCAUCCACUAUGCAUGCUGGUAUGGAAAAGUUGAAGCCACUCGAAUGCUGUUGGAGAAAGGGAAAUGCAAUCCAAAUCUUUUGAAUGGCCAACUUAGUUCUCCUCUUCAUUUUGCCGCUGGAGGAGGGCAUGCUGAAAUAGUACAAAUUCUACUGAAUCAUCCAGAAAUUGACAGACACAUUACUGAUCAGCAAGGAAGAUCCCCACUGAAUGUCUGUGAAGAGAACAAACAAAACGAGUGGGAAGAAACUGCCAAACUGCUGAAGGAAGCCAUAAACAAACCUUAUGAAAAGGCACGAAUUUAUCGUAUGGAUGGGUCGUAUCGCUCCGUUGAGCUGAAGCAUGGAAACAACACCACUGUCCAGCAGAUCAUGGAGGGGAUGCGUUUGUCUCAAGAAACUCAACAGUACUUCACUAUCUGGAUCUGUUCUGAGAACCUCAGCCUCCAGCUGAAGCCAUAUCACAAACCUCUGCAGCAUAUUCGAGACUGGCCUGAAAUAUUCACUGAACUGACAAACUUGGAUCCUCAAAGGGAAACUUCACAGCUUUUCCUGAGAAGAGAUGUUAGACUUCCACUGGAAAUAGAGAAAAAGAUUGAGGAUCCUUUGGCUAUCCUGAUCCUUUUUGAUGAAGCCAGAUACAAUUUGCUGAAAGGUUUCUAUACAUCACCUGAUGCCAAGCUGAUCACACUAGCAAGUCUGCUUCUACAAAUAGUCUAUGGAAAUUAUGAGAGCAAGAAACACAAACAGGGCUUUCUAAAUGAAGAAAAUCUUAAAUCUAUAGUACCAAUCACUAAGCUAAAAAGUAAAGCUCCUCACUGGACAAACAGGAUACUUCAUGAAUACAAGAACCUCAGCACCAGUGACGGUGUAAGUAAAGAGAUGCAUCACCUGCAGCGUAUGUUCCUGCAGAACUGCUGGGAAAUCCCCACUUAUGGAGCGGCUUUUUUCACAGGACAGAUAUUCACCAAAGCAAGUUCAAGUAGCCAUAAAGUCAUCAAAGUCUAUGUAGGAGUGAAUGUAAAAGGGCUUCACCUCCUCAACAUGGAAACAAAGGCUUUACUCCUCAGCCUGAGGUAUGGCUGUUUUAUGUGGCAGUUGGGAGAUGGAGACACGUGUUUUCAAAUCCACAGUCUGGAAAACAAAAUGAGCUUUAUUGUGCACACCAAACAGGCAGGCCUCGUCAUAAAGCUUCUGAUGAAAUUAAAUGGCCAGUUAAUGCCUGCUGAAAGAAAUGAGUGACGGAAACCAACGAGAGCUCUGACACAGCAUCUGAUGGCUAAGCAAAAAAAACUUCAUCACAGAAGGCUUCCACAUAGGUGAUUUUUCCACAAGAGAAAGGUCCAUUUGUACAGUUUUGUACCUUUGUACAGAAGCUGCAUGGUGUAUUUUUUUAAGAAAGCUCUACAGUACAUCUCUUAUUUUUAUAAGUAUUUUUGUCUUUCCUAUAUAAGCUAUCGUAGGGCUCAAGCUUAACCAGUGAAGCCAAUGAAAUGUCAGUGGUUUAGCACGCUGGACAAAGCUUGGGAGCUUUUGUUCCCAGAGGGGUUACCAGUGCCAUUAAGCAAGUCUCAGUUGACCUCUUGACCUUUGCUGGGACAUAGAGGAGGUUGUGGUUGUUACAGGAUUUUGUAGACACACUUUAUAUUUAAGAUACUGUUGAGAAGUAGGCUUAAAAGAGCAGUUAGACCUUUGAGCUACCACCUUUGAUAAACUCUUUGUAUGUGGUUUCUGACAAACGUUAGAGCUGGCUUUAUUUUUACUCUUAACUUUCUCCUACUUUGUAUUUGUAUUUAUUCUAAGAUAUUGCAUGAGGAUGUCAAAAGGGAAAUACUUUAGAAGCCAUAUGAAAUGUUUAGCAUGCUUGGGGUUUGAAAAAGAAUGGGUUUUUACUUCUGCUGUGCAAUAUAAAAGGUGGCUAUGGAAGAGGGGGAGACACAGAUUUAGAAAUGAAUCUUAACUCAGAGGACUUCAGAAAGCUGAAUAAAUCCCACCCUGGAUUACAACACAUGUGCAGUGACCAAAACUCGUGUAGGAGGUACUAAGUUAUUCCUGUUCAACUCAUUUUAUGACUGAUUACUUCAGUUUCUCCAGCUGCAAAGAGUGCAGGAAUGAAGGUUGAUACUGCGAGGAAGUCAGACAGUUUGUAAGCUACUCUGCCUGUCCUUUGCAGAGUCAGGAUUGGCUCCCAGGUGUCAGACAAGACCCUACCAAUCUGCAGCAUAUCUUUGCCCAUCAGAGUAGUAUCCAUGAGAUAAACGUGGAACAUUUUGGGUUGUAUUUUCAGGGUUUUAAGUGCACUUGAUGACUUCUUCCGUGUGAACUGCAUGCUAAACCAGUGCAAUAUUUUGUAAAGAAGUUUUAAAAUAAAGAAAUUUAAAAAAUAA